AAAAAGCGCUGCUGGCCCUUUAAGACCUCACGCUGGAUUCACAUCCGGGUACUGCAGGCUUCAGCAUGGACACUGGGGAUGUGCUCCGGUCUCUGGGUGUGGAGGGAGCUGCGGCCGCAGCACAUGCUCUCUCGCUGCCAGCAGAGGCUUACGGCAAUGAUGCUCAGCUGGAGGUGAUGUGGGCUAUGAAGGCUUAUAACCACGCAGAGGUUUACUUCAACCUUAUUUCCUCUGUGGACCCGAAAUUUCUCAAACUAACAAAAUCUGACGAUAUGAUCUACACCAAGUUCCGAGAAGACUUUUCCGACCUGGACAUUAAGAAUCUGGACCCAGAACUGCUGAAAUCCCCAGAAGCUAAAGAGAAGUGGAGGCCUUUCUGCAACCAUUUUGAACACCUCGUUGAAGAUUUUAACUACGGGACGUUAUUACGACUGGACUGCGAGAAGGACUACACUGAGGAGAACACGAUAUUUGCCACCAGAAUCCAGUUUUUCGCUGUAGAGAUCGCCAGAAACAGAGAAGGAUACAACAACGUGGUUCACAGCGCCGGAGUGAAGGCCAAACAGCAGAAGAAAGACAAAUGUUAGCCCCGACCACCAACCGUGACGCUGCCGUGGCCUUGUUCCUGUUGGUGCUUUAGACUUAUCAUCUUCAGACUCCACCCACUAAUGUAUUCCUGUACAACAAAUACUAUUACUCUGUUCGGCAAGCUUCAAAUUAUGCUGGUAAAAAUCUGCUUUAACUUUUAAUAAGAGACUUUAGCUUCACCCACUUCAGUGUAUGCUUAGUGUACAAUACCUACGUGUUAUUAAUACUAAUAUAUUUACCCUAAUUAAAGAUACUGUAGCUCUGCUUAUUUUAGUGUAUAUCACAAUACCUACAUUUAGUGUUAUAUUCACCCUAAAUAACGAGAUACUGUAGCUCCGCCUACUUCAGUGUUUUUUCAUCACAGUACCUACAUUUACAAAGUUAAUAUGAAUUCACCCUAAUUAACAAGACUGUAGCCCCACCCACUUUAGUGUAUAUCAAUACUUACAUUUAAAGGGUUAUAAAUAUUAACAUUUUCACUCUAAUUAAAAAUACUAAUUAAUUAAUAAUCUAAUAAUAAUAAUAAUAAUAAUCUAAUCUAAUCUAAUUAAAAAUAAUGCCCACCUCAGUUUAGAUUGCAUUUUUAAUUAGGGUGACUAUAUAUUAAUAAUGUAUUGUGAUAUACACUGAAGUGGGCAGAGCUGCAUAUGAAUAUAAUAUUAUUAUUAUGAAUAUAAUAAUAACGCUAAAAAUGUAUGUAUUAUGAUAUAUGCUGAGGAGGUGGAGCUACAGUCUCAUUAAUAUUAACAUAUUCACCCUAAUUAAUGAGACUGUAGCUCCACCUCCUCAGCAUAUAUCAUAAUACAUACAUUUUUAGCGUUAUUAUUAUAUUCAUAUUAGGGUGAAUAUAUUACUAUUAAUAAGAAAAUCUAGGUCCACCCCCUCUGUGUAUAUGACAAUCCCUACACCCUAAUGAGAGGCGGAGCUUGGUGUUUUGUUAGUGUUAAAUCAGGUUUUUUUUUUUUUUUUAGCAGUGUUCUAUGAAGUUUGUUGAACCGUGCGACAGUAGCUAUGAACAAAAACAGAAAAAAAAUAUUAUACUACAUACUAUUUGUGGUAAGAGUAUGAGGCAUGGUGUGGACAGUAAUGCCUCAGUACAUGUAUUUAAAUUGUAAUUACAAGAGUGUCAGAUUCAAUAGGGAAUCCUAUUUUGAUUUAUUUGUUCAGGGUCAGAGUUUUUUUCUUUUGUAUUUGUAAGAAAUAAUCAAUAUUCAAACCCCA